UGUUUUCUCAUUAAUAAUAUCUGGGGUGUCUUACUGAGGAGUAAUAGCACAAUGUAGUGAACACUGACUCCAAGGAGAUACAUUUAUAUUGUACAGGAUCAGCCCAGGAUUCCAGAGGUAUUCUCUAUACAGCGCUAUACACACUUACAGACACAUGUGCACAUGGUUGUUUGGACUGUAAUGCAUCUAUAAUACAACAAGUUGUAGUACCCUACCAAUUUGAGAUCUGGUGGUGCCAUCAGACCUUGUCUGCUGACAUAAGAUGACCAGAUUGUUUAGAGGUCUUGAUUAGAGGUCCAGACCAGCUAGAUGUCUGUCAAUGACCAGCCUCCCUCGGACAAUGGUCAUGAUACAGAGACUGACCUCCUCUCCAAGUUGGAGAUCGCUAAUAGGCUGUUAGAGGCAGAUCAGAAAGCAUGCAGUUCCCUCAACUCUGCGCCCUCUCCGACCCCCGGUCACUCACGGAAGGGAUCGGGGUCUAGUGUGCAGUCCUCUACGUCCUCCAACAGUCACUACAGUACACAGCAGACAGACGAGGAGAACAACCUGUCCACAUCAGGGAACCUGUGGGAUGUGUGGGGUAAACUUGUCAAUGACUGGGAAAAUGCCAAAAAGAAACAGCAAUAUAUCAAGGACCUGGUUCGGAAGGGAAUCCCACAUCACUUCCGGGGGCUAGCCUGGCAGCUGUUGUUGAACGUGAAUGAGUCGCCCCACCGACAAAUGUAUGUGGAAUACUUAAAGGACAGUUCCCCCAGUGAAAAGCUUAUCAAGCGAGAUAUUGCUCGCACUUUCCCCGAACAGGAUUUCUUCAAGGAAAAGGAUGGGCUUGGUCAGGAGAGUCUUUUCAAUGUUAUGAAGGCGUACUCUCUACAUGAUAGAGAGGUCGGUUACUGCCAGGGGAGUGGCUUUAUUGUUGGACUUCUCCUCAUGCAGAUGCCCGAGGAAGAAACGUUUGCGGUGCUAGUACAACUAAUGCAGGACUAUCGUCUCAGAGAACUUUUUAAACCCAGCAUGGCAGAGCUGGGCCUAUGUAUGUACAAACUGGAGUGGUUGAUACAGGAGUUUCUGCCGACCCUGUACCUACACUUCCAGACCCAGGGUUUCUACACCUCCAUGUAUGCUUCGUCCUGGUUUCUUACCCUUUUCUCUACAACGCUCCCCAUGUCCAUGGCGUGUCGGGUCAUGGAUGUGUUUAUCUCAGAGGGUAUGGACUUUAUAUUCCGACUGGCGAUUGCAAUAUUACAGACUAGUCAGGAUGUGCUAAAGACUAUGGACAUGGAAGGCAUGCUCAAGUUUUUCCAGAAGGAAGUACCUUUGAAAUAUGAACAAGAGCCUGAGAAACUGUUCCAAGCAGCCUACCAAGUGCGAUACAAUUCAAAGAAAAUGAAAAAAAUAGAGAAGGAUUACACCGCCCAGAAGAGCAAGGAGAAUGAAGACCAGAUUGAGCUUCGGAGGUUGCGGACAGAAAACAGACUGUUGAGACAGCGUAUAGAUACACUAGAAAAAGAGUCAGCAUUAUUGGCAGAUAAGUUGAUCCAUGAUCAGGUGACACGGGCUACAGAGGCUGAGGAAACAUACGCACUCAAAAACAAGCUGUCAACAACCAAACAGAAACUAGCAGACACCACUCGUAAACUAGAGGAAGCUCAUGUUCUACUGGACGAUGUCAAACAACGGACCCUGAGUAUAGCCAACGCUGGGUCCUUAGAUGACGAUGAGAGCGAGAUUGUGAUACAAGGCCUCCAGGAGGAACUCAUUGCUCUCCACCUUAAGGAUGCAGACACCAACUCUCUAGUUAAGGAACUCAGGUCCAAGAUCAAAGACUUGGAGGAUACCAACCUACAGCUACAGAGGGCACCUAGUAACGACAUCCAGAGCCUGCAGGAGGGGUUGAUCGCCGUAAAGCUGAGGGAAGCAGAGGCCAAUCUGUCACUCAAAGAGAUGCGACAGAGGGUGCAUGAACUGGAAUCCCUUUGGGCGAAACACAUAGAGAGUAUGACAAGAGACCCGGUGUCUCCCAAAGAUAAGAAACAGGAGCUGAAGCAGAUCAACGAGGAACUGAUGACCGUUAAAAUCCGUGAGGCCACCUCUCUCUCUGAUCUCAAGGAGAGUAAGCAGAAAAUAAUGGAGUUUGAAACACAGAAUCAUAUAUGUACGAACCAGAUACGUAGAAUGGACGAAGAAAAUAAAAUGCUGAAAUCCAAGAUGGAGGAGAGAGAUAUAAUAGAAAAAGAUUAUAAGCAUCAAAUUCAGGAACUCCAUAGAAAAAUGGAUGAUCUUCACACACAGAGGAAGGAAGACUCCAUGAUGGUUAGGAUAACGGAGGCAGAGCAUGCACAAUAUGUAGCUACGUUGAAACAAAAGAUAGCUGAGGUAGAAAUACAGAAGGAGGAGCUAUUGACUGCUGAUCGUCUGGACACCAAAGUCGGUAGCCAGGACCUAGAAAAUCGUAUCUAUGACCUUCAGGAUGAGGUUUUACAACUAAAACUGAUGCAGAAGACACCAGAAAGCGAGCGGCCAAGACACAAUGGCUUCUGUGGACCUGGUAAGGAUAAGGUCGAUGACGAGGACGAAGAAGACGAGGAGGAUUUCACAGAUCUCGAAAACCCAGAAACAUUAAAUAGGACUUUGUCUGAAAUAGUUGACGGCCAUGACUUGUCUGAGGAAAUGUCCUCACAGUUACAAUACAAUGGUGCUUCAGACACAGAUUCAGCUAAUCUAGGGAGUAGUGCAACACCCUGUGGCAUUCAGGCCAACAGGCAACUCAAAACAGAAGACUCUUUACAGAAAUUGAAGAGCUCAGAGCAGUCUUUAUCUUGUGAUGUUUACGGCACUCCAUGGGUGCCUCGAGAUGCCAGUGAUAUUAUUGAUGUGGAGAUUUAUAAGGAAAGUAAAGUGUAGUUGUACAGGUUUUAUUUAUAAUUAAUAUGCAACAGUCUACUGACAUGUUUGUGCUGUUUGGCCAAGGCAGAGGCUACAGAUUACACUUUUGUCGUGAAAGUGUACACUUCAGAUAUUGAGUUAUGUCAUGAUUAUACAAAAUUAACUGGUACUUUAAAUGGUCUUGCUGCAUAAAAAAUCAUUAAAGGUGCAAAAAACCAAAUGUUUUAUGAGAGAUAAUUGACAAAAGUAACCUUGCCCCUGUCUUGGUCCAAAGGGUUUGGGUAAGGGUACAAGUGGCGUGGCCUCAUCACUGUUAUUGCCCCGCCCCUUUUUAUGAGUCAUACAUCACCAUGGUGCAACUCUGUAAUCAGUAUUUAUGUUCAUCAUUUCAGUUCAUUGUGUACAAUUUUUACUGUGUUGUGUUUAAAAUGCUUUCGUAUUUUUUGUAAUUUUAUUGACAUUUUCUCAUUUGCAUGUAUCCCAUUUUGUCAUUGUGAUUUUUACCAUGCAUAACAGUGAUGUUUGUUUUUGUCAGGUUGAUUCCAUACUUGGUCACUUGACUUCCAGGAGGGGAAAAUAUAAAAAAGAAAAAAAUUAAAAAGAAAGUUGAUGGUGUUUUGACUAUCAUACUACAAUAAAUGCCUGAGUUUUGUGUAGAGAAGUCACUCUGUAGGACUGUUGGUAUUUUAAGUAAUACCCAAAAUGUAAAUUAUCUAAUUGCUGAGGGACAUAUAGGUUGGUUUAUGGACACGUUUAUAGUUACUAAUAAAAUGGCAUAUUGCAAUGGGGUGACAUAAGUCGGGGAGUGACCGACUUGUCCAGGGAGUGACCGACUUGUCCAGGGAGUGACCGACUUGUCCAGGGACUCGCAUGCAGUAUUGGUUUUUGUAUGGUGGCAUUUAUCCGAUUGGUUUUGGUCCAAGGGAGUUAACUCCAAAUUUUCAACUGAAUUUUAAACACAACAGCAUUUACCAACUAAUAAAACUGGAGUAUUUGUCUGCUUUAGAAAGUAUUGACUAGGUGGGUAAACAUGGGUACAGAGGAAACAUAUAUUUGAGGUAUACCAUGUGAUAUACUACCAGGUAUAUAUUUUGUAUUUUCUAAAAUAUCAGAUUUCUUUCAUUGUGAACUUAUUACAUUUUAUUCCUCGACCCUAGUCUGCCAGAGAAUUCUGAUAAUUGCACACUAUAUUACAAGAGUUUUUAUUUUUGGUCAACUUUAUUUUUGCCGUUAACAUAAAUGUCAUUACUUUAUACAUUUACAAGCUUGUGUGAACAGCUGGUUCUGUUUCAAUUGUCUCCCUUGUCUAAGUUGUUUUUACCAGGCUUAUAGUUGGCUUACAUACAUAAAUGUAUACAACAGCUGUUAUUUUAGACAAUGCAAUGUAUUUGUACACUAUAACCAGGUAUCGGCUAAUAAAAUCAGCUUCCACUGUGUACUACUGUAGUGCCACUGUAGUACCACUAAGUACCAGUACUAUUUAACCAUUCACCAAUCAUGUCACUGUUUCACUUUAAAAUCAAUUGAGUUACAAGGCUUUACAUUUAUUCCCAUCCACAGAUCGAAGUUUUAACAUAAUUCUAUCCCAUCACGAAUAUGUCAUCAUGUGUUGUUUACCCUCGUGGCAUCCUUUGCUGAUAUCGGGGCUGUAAAGAGUUUUUAUUGUAGCAUAUUUUGACCACCUUUUAUUAUAGAAUCUGCAAACAUAUUUAGGAUGCCAUGUCUGAAGACACAUCAACAUCAUAUAUUAAGCUUGAGUUGCUGCAAACUAAAAUGUAUCAUUCAGUCCUCAGGGAGUUAACUCCAUUUGUAAACCCCCAUUAUUACUAAUAUGAUAUAGGAUCGGUAUAGGGGAUGGAGGGUGUUGUGUGGAUGUUGAGGUUGUCAUGAUUGUGUUCAAACAUUUAGUUUCAAAUUAAUCAUGGUUGUAUGCAGUAGACAGUCAAUUUCUUUGUUUUGACAUAAAAUUUAUACUUUCCAAUGCAAUAUCCAACGAAUUUGUGUUAAUGUAUGCUUGUAAUGAUAAGUCAGAUGCUGCUCCAGAUUUAAAGCUAUUUUGUAUAUUUUGGUGAAUGUUGGGAAGUCUGUAGUUAUGUUCUGUCACAAAUCUUCAGGUCACGUCACACUGUUUUGUUAGGUAGGAUUGUUAGCUCACCUGGUACGAUUUUUUAGGUAUGAUUGUUAGCUCACCUGGUACGUUUUGUUAGGUAGGAUUGUUAGCCCACCUGGUACGUUUUGUUAGGUAGGAUUGUUAGCCCACCUGGUACAAUGUACUACAGGGAGCGUAUAUGGUGUUGCUUUGUCUGUCAUCUAUUGUCAAACAUUUACAGUAAGGAAACUCUCCUCCAAAAACACUGAACAGAAUUUAACAAUACUUUGUUAGUAGUUAUUUUAUAUUAUGAGUAUCAAAAAGAAAGGACAGUCCUCCUUGGAGCUGAAGGAGGGGUCAAAAGGGUUCAGAUUGGCUGAUUGCUUUAAACUACAUUACUUAUAAAACUAUCUGCCAGGUUUCGACCAAAUUAGGGUGAUAGUGUCCUUAGUUUAGGGAGAUAGAUAGUUAUUCAAAUAAGUGAGCAAUCCAUUGUCCUUUGCAUUUUUUUUUUAUUUUUUUUUUAAAGUAUGGAAUUUAUCAAAGGUGCAUUAUAAAUCGUUAUGGAACAAAAUUGAGGAAAAAAGCGUAUCACGUUAUUUUGAUAGUUGUUUUCAAUUUGCCAAUAUAGUUUGAUUUAAUCACAAAUAUUUAGAUGAUACUUAUUCACUUAUCAGUGUUUCAGUAUGCAUUUGUACUUGGUAAUACAAUGGUGAUUUGUAUAAAGAAAACAACUGAGUGUAGAAAUGAUCAGGUACGAUGUUUUCACCUGCUGAACUUUCUCCCAUAGGUCUUUCACAAGUUCACCUUCCUGUUGAUUUAUAUGAAAAUUUAUGAAAUGUGAUCAUUGCCAUUAUCCUCGAAACGAUUCCAGAGUAUUAAAAUAAAAUAAAGAGUCAUUCUUUUGUACAUUAUAUUGUAUGUAAUAGAAUGGACCUGAUCAGUCUGUCCUAGAAAGCUGGAAAUGUGAUGUUGUUGACCAUUUCACAGUGUUAAGUACAGGAGGCCAUAAUGUUUAGUUAUCAAAUCUCUCCUCAGUUAACAAGGAGCCAAAGGAUCACCUAUACAUGGAUACCUGUUGGAUUUUCUUGUUUUGAAUAGUUGAAUUACUAUCAUGAAGGGUUUACUCAACACCCUGUCAAUUUAAAAAAAAAAAAAAAUGAGUUGUCUAAAUGAAAAUUUUGAACUGUGCUUAUACUGUAUACCUAGCUAUUUGGAGUGAGUUUUCAGUUCUUUUUAAGGAUAGCAUAAGGACAAUUUGAUGAAAUUGUGCAUAUCUUAAAGAAGCUUAUAGAAGAUGAAACUGAUAGACAUUGGAAAUAGAUUUAUAGAGUUUCUGCUUAACUUCUUUAUAAAUCUUAUUUAAAACAGAUAAAUAUCAACAGGUUUGUGAAUUCCUUGUCUAGUCAUCAUAGAGGGAUGAUUGGUUUACUUUUCUCCAUUAUCUACAUGUACUGAAUAUUUACUGCAAAUGUCGCGGCUCUGAACACGACUCGCUCCCCAGAAAUGUCAGUAAAAUCUCCCUAGUGAUGGUGUUUAAUUUCUGUAACAGAACAAAUGUGUGCGAUCAGGACAUGCCUUCCCCUACAGUAAAGUGUUGGGCGAGUAUGUUUUGUAACUUAAAUAUAUAUUAGAGAUCAUUUGUGUGAUGUAUGUGGAAAAAAUUACAUGAUCUAGGCUAAAAUUCCAAGAAAUGAAACAAGUAUCCCUUACUUAUCCUGUUAAAGUUGUUACAGAAUUUAUGUCUGUUAUAAAACGGCCAAUUACUCAGGCCGGCCAUGUUUCCUCUUGUUCCAGUGUUCCUUGUUUUCCCAGGAAAGCCAUCACUAGGAAGUGGAAUUCAUUGUGUUAUUUGUUAUGAUAUGUGCCAAACUAAACUUUUGAGAUAAGUUAGUGUAAGAUUUUUUUUCUCUGUCAAACCAAAACAUGUGAUCAAAUGUAUUUUUUUAUCAAGUAUUUUCAGUCAUAAGAAUAUUUGGAGAAGAUCCUAAUUUGAUCCAAAAAUGUUUUAGUUGUUGAUUGAAUCAAAAUAAUACAGGUUUAUCUGUUGACCAAAAAACUAGGGUUUUCCCAAGGUUUUUAGAUCAAUACAUGUAUUUUAAUUCACAACCAUACAUUUUUUUUAUAAAUUAACUUUAAAGUUCAUGUUCUUUUCUCAAUAUUGGUUAAUAAUCGAACAAAAAAAUAGUAAGCUUAGCUAAAUCUUACUUUGUUAAAAUGUCAUGUUUGUAAAAUUUCAUUGGAAAGUCUACCUAUAAUUGCUUGUCACUUUAAAUUUGGACAUCUUUCAUUUGUAUAAAAAUCGUUGCAUCCUACUUUUAAGAAAAUAAGGGAAUCAUGUCUACAAAAUAGAAAUUAUAGAAUAGUUGUAGUUAUCAAACCAUUUUGAAGACAAAAUCAUGAAGAAGUUUUAAUAUACUUAAUAUGACUGCCUUGCAAUGUGCUUGUUGGUGUUGAAACUAUAUCUUGAUCCAAAUUGUGUUAUAUGUGGAUGUGUACUUGGUUUACACCUGACCAAGCUUAUAAUGUAAGGACCUAGGAAUGUUGUCUGCAUCUCACUCAAGAUAUCUGUGGUAACGUCAUCAUAUCAGCGUUGUUAUUGAAGCAGGAAUUUUCAUUUUUCUUUAAUAAUACCUGGGUUCAUAAUGGAAAUUGUCAUUUUACUUUCACUUUACAGUAAUAUUACAUCAUGAGUAUUGAUAAAAUUUAGAAUUUCACUCCUUUGGCGAAUUAUUGCAACUUAUGUUAUUUUAAGUAUCUGAUGCCUCCAGGUUAUCUAGAGUGAGAUUCAGACAACAUCUGCUGUUAUCAUUUAUCAGCCCAGUUCAUACAAGUUCAGGCUGUUACUUACCGCCAGGAAAUGUCAUCAUGUUAUUUUGUACCUGAUGCAAUUGACAAUAAAAAUAAAUUAUAUGU